CCCGCGGAGCCGCGCGCCCUGUCCCGACGCGGCGCGCGCUGUCGCGAUCCGGCGGUCGGUGACGUGGAGGGGGCGGGGCCUGAGCGGUCGCGGCGGGGGCAGCGGCAGCGGUAGCGGCAGCGCGACGGAGCAUCCUGGAGGCGUUGGGCCACCACUAGAGAUUAACUGGCCAAGACGGCGAAGUGGAAUUAGGUCUGGCUGUGGAUACUUCAUUUUCUUCUCUGUACCUGACCAUUUACGAUGGGGUGGCUUAUGAAAGUGUGAUGUUUAUGCAUUUCCGCUCAGGCCAUAGUAAACACAGGUGUGAAGGAACCAUUUGCCAUGGAAACCAGGGAACUGGAGAGCCCCACACCCACUUACCAUCUCAUUCCUGAGGCCAGCCAGCCCAGGGCAGAAGAGGAUGUCAGCACACUACCUCAACAGUCCACAGAAACUAUGCAGCUGAAGAAGGAGAUCUCUCUGCUGAAUGGUGUCAGCCUGGUGGUGGGCAACAUGAUCGGCUCAGGAAUCUUUGUCUCACCCAAGGGUGUGCUGGUAUACACUGCCUCCUAUGGGUUGUCGCUGGUCAUAUGGGCCGUUGGUGGGUUUUUCUCCGUCGUGGGUGCCCUUUGCUAUGCAGAACUGGGGACCACCAUCACCAAGUCAGGGGCCAGCUAUGCUUAUAUUCUAGAGGCCUUUGGGGGCUUCAUUGCCUUUAUCCGCCUCUGGGCCUCCUUGCUAAUUGUUGAGCCCACCAGUCAGGCCAUCAUUGCCAUCACCUUCGCUAACUACAUCAUACAGCCCUCCUUUCCCACCUGUGAGCCCCCGUACCUGGCCUGCCGUCUCCUCGCUGCAGCCUGCAUAUGUCUGCUGACAUUUGUGAACUGUGCCUAUGUCAAGUGGGGCACACGUGUGCAGGACACGUUCACUUACGCCAAGGUCCUAGCGCUCAUUGCCAUCAUUGUCAUGGGCCUUGUUAAACUGUGCCAGGGACACUCUGAGCACUUUCAGGACGCCUUUGAGGGUUCCUCCUGGGACAUGGGAGACCUCUCUCUCGCCCUCUACUCUGCCCUCUUCUCUUACUCAGGUUGGGACACCCUUAAUUUUGUAACAGAAGAAAUCAAAAAUCCAGAAAGAAAUUUGCCCCUGGCCAUUGGGAUUUCUAUGCCAAUUGUGACUCUCAUCUACAUCCUGACCAACGUGGCCUAUUACACAGUGCUGAGCAUUUCAGAUGUCCUUGGCAGUGAUGCUGUAGCCGUGACAUUUGCUGACCGGACAUUUGGCAUGUUCAGCUGGACCAUUCCCAUUGCUGUUGCCCUGUCCUGCUUUGGGGGCCUCAACGCGUCUGUCUUUGCUUCAUCAAGGUUGUUCUUUGUGGGCUCCCGUGAGGGCCACCUCCCAGACCUUCUGUCCAUGAUCCACAUCGAGCGUUUUACACCCAUCCCUGCUUUAUUGUUCAACUGCACCAUGACACUCAUCUACCUCACUGUGGAGGAUGUCUUCCUGCUCAUCAACUACUUCAGCUUCAGCUACUGGUUCUUUGUGGGCCUGUCUGUCGCUGGACAGCUCUACCUUCGCUGGAAGGAGCCCGAACGGCCCCGUCCUCUCAAGCUGAGCCUGUUUUUUCCCGUCAUGUUCUGCAUAUGCUCCGUGUUUCUGGUGAUUGUGCCCCUCUUCAGUGAUACCAUCAAUUCUUUCAUUGGCAUUGGGAUUGCCCUCUCAGGGGUCCCUGUGUACUUCCUAGGUGUUUAUCUGCCAGAGUCCCGGAGGCCACUCUUUAUUCGGAAUGUCCUGGCUGCUAUCACCAAAGUCACCCAGAAGCUUUGCUUUUGCGUCCUGACUGAGCUAGAUGUAGCUGAAGAGAGAAAGGUUGAAAGGAAAACUGAGUAGAGGCCAGAGGUGACAUCCCCUGAGGCCUGGAAGGCUGCUACCUGUGGCCACAGCUACCAAAGUCCGGAUGAAAAGACUGUAGGCCCAACCCUCUUGUGCUAAAGGGGGCUGCUGGCCCACAUUAUGGAAGGGAGCUCAGGGCUGAUGGCCUUCUCAGGUGGUCUCUUGUUGGUAAGCUAUGGGAGGAGUCUCAGGGUCUGGGGCCAGUCUGAAGGUGGGGACUUCAGAUGGUGAUGGGAGAGGGCUUGGGUAGCAGGGGAAUGAUUUAGUUUUGUUCCUGGUGAGUAGGUGCAGCCCUUACACUUACUUGGUGCCGCAUUGGAGGAAGAGAGUGCUAGGUUAGUAGCUGUGGCUGGUGGUUUCUGAUUCUGUUAUUUGUUUGAAUCAGGAGUCUCUACAAAGGGGCUGCUUUAUGGGAAGUUUUCCUCUGACCAGGUUGAAGCACCUGACUACAGAGCCUGAAAAGCUCUACCUAAAAUCUUUCCCUGGGGAGAGGUUGUAUUCCAUUAUUUAUUGAUACUAAUUAAUCUGGAACAUCAAUUCUAGCAAAUCAUUGGUGUUCAUUCAUCUACAGGAUGCAACAGACUGACUGUAUAAAAACUCCAAGUACCCCAAACUGAAUCCCUCUGCCCUUAGAGGUGUCUAUGUGGUGGCAAGCCAGACUCUGACCACAGAUCUUUGGCUCAGUUUUAGCAUAAUCUCCUGUUGAGUCUCACGGGCAGUGGUGAACUUCAAAGACUUUUUCACUCAUGUACCGAAAGAUUUCUUACUCAUGUGCCAACUACACUUUAGUGUAUAGACAGGCCACAUGUUACAAGCACCUGGCUCAAGUUCAGCAAUGACAACAAAUCUGAGUCAGAAGUCUGGUAAUACUGCUACUUUAAGGAUAAUUAUUUUACUUGAGACCUUAGGUCUUUGUUCUAGUUGACAAAAAACAAACCUCCAGGUUUAUGGUAUGAACUCUAAUAAGAGGACAUAAACUUCUGGAAUUCAGGUGUAUCACUUGAAUUCUUUCAGCUGUCAAUGACUUAGAGAACUUCUCCUGGACCCAAGCCAACAAGUAGCUUGUUCCUCUCUGUAAGGGCCGGUGUGACGGGCUGCUGUGCAGACCCACACAAGCCCACCUUGGUGCUAGAAGUGGUCACUUUUUUCUGAAAACCUCACACCAGGCUGCAUCCUCCUCCUCCUCUUCUGUCCCUGACACCAGGCUUUGUUUACACUCUGAGCCACCUUGGUGUGGAUCACUGGGACAAUGUACUCCUCUCCUGCCUGCCUCCCCUUGGCUGAGGUGUGAUGGGGCUGCAGUCUCAGGAGGAGCUUGGUACCUGUGGGGACUUCUAUUUUCUCUCUGUGGAGAUCAGUGAAGACUUUGGGAAUAAGGCUACUCCAGCCUCCACCAGGCUCUUCAGCAGACUAUGAUCAGAAGCAGCUAAUUCUGGUGCUCAGGCUGUGCUUGAGCACCCAAGUUGGGCCAGAACAGCAGGUUUGGCCUAGUGGAUGUUCCUUCGUGGGCGGCAUGGCUGUACUGGAUUGGACAACUGUCCUGUGAUGCUCCCAGACACGGUCAUCCUGGACCCAGAACUUGCUGGCUUGGCAUGCCCUGUGGACUUACUGUCCUUAGGUUUUAAAACUGAUCAAUGGUAAAGACAAGAACUAUGAGGCAAUCUACCUUUCUGACCAUUCUUCACCAAACUAGACCCAACUGCAGACAUGGGAGUAACCUUGGUUAAACUUAUUCAAUAAAUGCAAUUUAGGGGAGCAUGCUCAGUUGCCUUUGGUUCAGGAAAUGCAUCUGUGAGAACAUGGGAUACAUUCCUGCUGUCAUGGGUUGGGGAUUUGCCUGACAACAGGGAGUCUUAUGGAAAGGCUGAUUUGCCCAGACUAUGUAAACAUGACUCCUGUCUGAGCCAAGCUGGCACCUAUCCCAGGAAUCCUCUGGAGCUAAUCCUUCAAGCAGCGUGUGCUUGCCUCGAGGAUCACUGACCCAGGCUCUGGCUUUCCGCCUUGAAGUAAAUGACCGCUAAUCUCAGGAACUUUCUGCCUCCCAGUGACUCCUGGGGGAAGCAAGGGACCUCGCACCCCAGGUGCCCUAGUACUUGCUUAGUGAGCCGUGUCCUCCUCCUCAUUACUGGACAGUUAACUGCAUUCUUCCCCUCUGUGCUGCAUACAGACUUCUCCUGGGAACCCUUCUGAGGGAGGGAAGCCAGCACUCGAGCUUUGUAGUGGAAUUAAUUUCCUCCAGGUCUUUGUUGUUCAUCUCCUUGAAUCCUUCUCCUGGUGAGUUAAUCCCCUUUGUAGUGGGUACAGUUUGUGAAGCUGUCAGACCUUUCAUGUUGGCAAACCUUAACGAGUACAUAAAUAGCAGUGAGCACAUUAUAAUGGCAGAAUGGUUUCCAACCCUUCAUUUCUAUGCCUACAGGAGACUGAGAUGACCAGUAUUAGGCAUGUAAGUUGUCACCUGUUACUUGCAGCACUGAAUUGCACCUUUGUAGAUAGUUCGGAUGGGAAGCCAAGUCUGCUGGUUUUAUAAUUGCAGUAAUAGGCCUGAGUAUACAUACACACAGAAUUUAGUCACUUUGGGAGAUUUAUCAACCCACAUAGAUAGGAAUAUAUAGGUAAAGAUGUACAAAGAGUACACUGUGAAAUAGGCGGAGGUAGGAUAGAAGAAUAGAGAUACUUAUGAAAUCUUAGAAUUUGCAGGAAGACAGCUCCCUGAGUAAUUGACUUUCCCACGUGAUAGCAAGUCUGCUACAGGGCAAUAGGGCACACUUGCAUCAAACAUUCUGUGUAUUGUUUUCCAAGACCUGCACUGUCCAAUAUGGUAGCUACUAGCCAUAUGUAGCUACUUAAGUUAAAAUUUAAAUUCACUUCCUCAGUUGUACCAAUCACAAGUGCUCAAGAACCGUAUGUGGCUAAAUGGCUACUACUGCACAGUGAAGAUACAGAACAUAUUUGUCACUGUAGAAUAAAUACCAACUCAGUCAGCGUUAAGCAUGCGUGCUUUGGAAAGGGGUAGAGACAGAGUCUGCUUGUAAGAGAUACCAGUGCUGGUAACAAAACUGAUCCCAUUGAUGAUAGUUUAUUUUUGGUGAGUACUGUGAAUAAACAUUUCUCAAUGGA